AUGGGCGGGAAAGCGCGGCAAAAGAACACGCACCUGUUGGCAGUUCAUGUUCCCCGGAUACCAGGAGCGCCCUUCCUCCCGAGUGCUGCUGGAGGGGCCGACUUUCUAACCGGCCGGGCGCAGGGCGAUAUAAGGCGGGGGUGUACCCCUGGCGCGGCGAGACAACAUGGCGACCAGCGCGGCGUGCGUGCUGCUGGCUGGGGCACUGGCGCUGUCGGCGGUCGCCGCCCGGAGGUCCCUAACUACGUGCAGGUGUGCAAGAGGAACGACCCGCUGUACACCGAGUGCGUGCUGCAGUCCAUAGAGAACAUCAGGCCGCGACUCGCCAAAGGCAUACCGAAGAUGAGGGUGCCUCCCCUUGAGCCCUUCGUCCUGCCAAUGCUGGACGUUGAGAGGGACACCAACAACCUCAAGAUCCGCGCCCACCUGGAGAACAUCACAGCCUCCGGAGGGUCUGGCUUCAUCGUGGACAAGCUGAGGCUGGACCCCUACAAGCUGAGCCUCAGCAUGGUGGUGAGGGUGCCGCGGGUGUCGGCGCAGGCAGACUAUGACGUCACCGGCCGGCUGCUGGUGGUACCUCUGCGAGGACAGGGACUCUUCCUCGGCAAAUUCACCGACACGAGGGUGGAGGUUGAGGCCAGCGCCAAGGAGCACGAGGUGGACGGCAAGAAGAGACUGCAGGUGGACCAGCUGCGCUCCAAGGUCACGGUGGGAGGAGUCGACUUCAAGUUCCUCAACAAGAACCCAGCCGACGCCGUCAUCACGAACACGGCGACGGCCUUCAUCCAGGAGAACCGGCGGCGCGUGCUGGAGGUGGCCAUGCCGGUGAUAGAGGAGACCGUGGACGAGGUGGGCACCGCGCUGGCCAACAGCAUCUUCCAGGCGCUGCCCUUGGAGGAGCUGCUGCCCGAGUAGCCGGGCCACUGCCCGAGUAGCCGGGCCACUGGCUGAGUAGCCGGGCCACUGCCGGCCACAUCCAUCCACGUGGACCCCACCACUGCUCAGCCACACACCCCGCCGGGUGACCACUGACAGCUGUCCGCUGGCCGCCUCUUGUGCAACACGCCGUCUCACCCUCUCGCUCCGAUCUCACGGAACUCCCUCAGCCGUCAUCAUCUGGACGACUCCGCACCAAUGAGUAGAGACCGGAAAAAAACUCGCGAAUUCACUUUGCGACAGGCUAAAAUACAAAUAGUUAUACCUCAGUGCUGCCUCUGCUAUCGGCUCGCAACUCACCUGGACGACUCUGGGCCAAUGAGAAACACCCGACCAAAAUCUUUAUCGAAUCACAGGCCGUUACGUUCGGACGUCUCACAAGACAGCAGCCGAUGCGUGGGUGACAUUUGACCGAGUGCACGCAGAACUAUUGGAGUUAAUCCUGGAGGUCAUUGAACCCGCGAAAUUUUCCGGUCCCUACCAAUGAAGAAUGCUCAGCUACGGACUUGCUGAAUCGUGGGCAAACCAAUGGAGACGUCUCACCAGUGGACAGGCAACCUUAACCCUCCAUUGGACCUGCGAAUCGUUCCAAUGCCUACUGUUAGGUGGAUGUUUAAAGUUGACUAGAGGACAACUGCGACUGUCACCCUAGCGGUGAUGGUCACAAAGCCCGCUGGUGGUAAACUAUAACUUGAAUUUGCAGUGCCUCCAUUAAUAGCGUAGUGCCCAGGUAUUCUAUAAAACAGAGUAACUUACCAUCAACAUUGAAAUUGUAUGUUUCCUGUAACCAUUGUGGAGUUAUUUCCAGGCCAAUUAUGGGUCGAAUUGGCCUCAUUGGUGAGAAAAGAACUCUCACAGACAUCAACGAAAUUGACCAAAGAAUAAGUCAAGUUAGUUGAAUCUUCUUGCGAUAAAUCACCAUAACUAUUUAAAGUACGUAACCACAUUUAAAAGAAAACACCAUACAUUCUGCUUACCUUUGUGUUGGGACUACAAAAUUUCAUUUAUUCUGUCAACUCUAUGAGCAGUACUCUAGAGUACUCUUCAUAUAAGAGUGAUAAACUAUACGGUGUUCAUUUUUUGUUGACUUCGUGGAGUUUUGAAUAGGAUAUAUGUGAUUUGGUCCUUCUUUUUGCCUACUGCUUUACCAUUGGCUCAAAGCUCUCAAUGGCGUGUGGUACAGCCCAAGGUACAAUCGUCGAACUCUUACAAGAUUAAAAGUGUGAGGUUUGAGUCUGUGUACAAUCGAAAGGAAUAAAAACUACCAGACACUUUUUCUUUCGUUUGGUACAAAUUAGCAAUUUUUUUUUCAAAAAUAAUGUUGAAACUUUGUAAAUGUAGGGCAGGUUUAGUUGUUUAUUAUGUGAUCCUCAUGUAACUGAGCCACGAAUUCAGUUCCGUAAUCUUGUUUUAUUUUCUAUUCACCAAUUUCAAGAGAAAGAAGAAUAAACGAAUGAAUUUGAAAAUAAAUGAGUCAAUGAGUCAACACGAAUGUUUUAUCACAGAAAAAAAAAAUGUAGAUCCAAUGUUCGUGUUUAAUUUUAAAUAAAAAUAUUAAUAAUUGUUUUC